AUGCAGCAGGUUCAGCUGGCCGCGUUCGUGGUUUUAGGGCACUGCUGCCCGGUUUGCUCCGGCGAAGAGGCCGUGGCCGGGAGGGGGACGGCGGAGGCGCGCUGCAAGCUGGUCAGCUGGCUCAUCCCCGUGCGCCGGCAUUUCGUGCUCUCUUUGGAGGCACUCUGCCUGGCCGUCAACAUCCUCGACCGGUUUCUCGCCACCACCCCUGUGGCCGCCGACUGCUUUCAGCUCCUGGGGGUAACAGCACUGCUCAUCGCCUGCAAGCAGGUGGAGGUGCACCCUCCUAGCGUGAAAGAGCUCCUCGCCCUCUGCUGCGACGCUUUCACCCGCCAGCAGCUCCGCAACCUGGAGUGCAUCGUCCUGCAUCGCCUGGACUUCGACCUGGCGGCGCCCACCGUCAGCUUCUUCCUGGAGCACUUCAGCCAGGUGCGGAUGGACGCCCGCGGAGCCGAUGCGGGGGAGGCGGCGGACGCCCGGAGCCUGGCGGCGAGCGUCGCGGAGCUCAGCCUGGCUGACUAUGCCUUCACCAAAUACGCGCCCUCUCUGCUGGCCGCCAGCAGCCUGGGGCUGGCGGACCGGCUCCUGCGCCACCGCAGCCCCCUGGAUCUGCGAGUCAGCGGCUACCCAGAGGAGCUCCUGCGGGACUGCAUGGACCAGCUUCAGCUCCUGGUGUCUCUGAACAGGCGAUCCCUGUCUCUCCUCCUGCCCUCGGAGGUGGUCCAGAAGUGCUCCUGGCUUGAGGAUGACCGCUGACAGCCGGGUGGUGGUGGCUACGGCUCUGGCUCGGCUUUUAUGCUCCUCAGAGUCGGUGCAGUCCGACUUAGAUCCACUAAGCUUUAGCGUCAUUGGAGCUUAAAAAUUAGAUGGCGUUUUACAAACGGUUUUGUGUCACGUCAUUUGCAUUGUCGCUUUGCUAUAUUUUUUAAGUCCAGCAUGUAAAUAAUUUACAGAAUCUCACGUACUGUGUUAUUUGUUUGGAGGGUGGUCCACAAAAUAACGGUGUAAGGACCAAAUGAAUGUCAAGUAAACUCUUUUCUACUUGUUACCUCUAUUCGUUUAUUUGCUGGCGAUACGUGGGCACAGCUGGGAGAGGAAACACAUUGGCACAUAACGAAUUCACCCUGUCAGUUAACUCAAUCCCCCACAAAAUAAAGAUGCCCAAUAGUGUCAUUCCCUGUGAUGUCUG